GUAACACAAGGUCAUUUGACACGAGAGGUUGGGGCAGAAGGGGAGGAUGCUGAUGCGUGUGUGUGGGUUGAGGUGGUUUAUGUAGCCUUGGUGGAGGUGUGGAUACAAUGAAAUAGGUCAUAAGAAGCCAAAAGAAGUUUCAAAUCAGCUACAUUGUGCGGUGCUGCGAAUAGCAUGACUAAGUGCUAUUGAACUUACACGUCUCAAGCUGGAAAGUCAGUUAGGUACGAGCUUGAACUGCGAUCCCAGCGGACAGCACUCCAGCGGAUCCAGGUCAAGAUCGGGCUGGUGUCAUAAGCCAGUCGUCAUGGGGAACAUGAUGGCACGGACGAUGGACGAGAACUUCGAAAAGAACAAGAAGUUCAUGUCCGAGAUUCAAGUGAUCCAGUUGGACCGUCAGAUUCACAUGCACGAUCAGCUCCGGCUGCGACGACAGGCCAUGGAGAUUGCCGCCGCCCGCGAGAUGUUCUUCUGGUGGGCGGCCUUCUAUGGCACCGCCCUGGUCGGAGCCAUCGGCGGGGUGCGCCGUGCCAAGAAGCCCGGUCUUCUGAUACCGUUCGUGCCUCUUACCUUCAUCGUGGCGUACCAGGCCGAUCUGGCGUACGGCACCAAACUCAGCCGUAUCACAGCCGAGGCGGACAGCAUCCUGAAGUGUGAGGAGGAGCUGCUGCAGCAGCCGGGCGGCGUGCCGACCGCCUCGCUGAUCGACGCGGCGCGACAGCGGUUCGACGACGAGAAAAGGUACACCACCAAGGUGCACGAUAUGUACGCGUAGCCGGUCUGUACCUCAGAGGGAGCCUCCAUUCGGGAGAGUGCAGAGACUGAGUGUCUGGACCCCGGCCACUACCGGGAAGGUCGGGGCGAACGAAACCUGGAGUUACGAGAUGCAAUCGGUGUCAACGUGAGAGCUGCUUUAGGCAGAGGUUGGGGAGGGUGAGUCAGGAAACGGUUAAGGUUGUGUGGAGGUUGCGCCAGUGUGUUUUGAUGAGUUGUUGGGUAGCUCUAAGGUUGUACUCGAACUCUGAACGUGCAGAUAUAGUUGGUGGGGGUACAGCCAUUGAACGUCCGGGCCUCGGCGAACCUUCCGGAGGCUCGUCGCGCCCCCUAGAUGUCGUCCAGAUGUCGCCCCUCGCGUCCGAGAGGUCGGCUGAAGCGCUCGUAACCCGGGGAGCGGGCGGCACGUCCGACCAAGAGCCGGUAUUUCCUCGCAGCGUGUCGCGCCGUGUCGGGACCGCGGGCAGCCGACUGUCCGUGCUGUGACCGUCACCAUGUCUGUCAUCAUGUCUGACCGUCACCACUGACCGUGACGGUGACCGUCACCUCCCGUCACCGUGUCUGUGACUGCCGCACCCGUCACCACUGACCACCCCCACUCCCCCACACGCCGCCGGCUGAGCCCCGCCGUGAAUGACUCGGCACGGCGGGCGUAUAUAGAGUGAGUUGUGACCCCGUGCUGAAAUGUGUCGCCUGACUGACCUCUACUGAGCUGGGGCUGAUAAUUAAUGGGCCGCCGGGGAAGGGGAGAGCUGUGUACAAAUGUACAUAUUAUCCGCACUGAGCUCUGGAUGGGGAGCUGCAUGGUAGUGACAUUUAGCCGGCGUGGCUCAGAGAUCAGCGGCUGAGAAAGGAUUGAAAUCUGUUCAAUAUCUGUGUUCUCUUCACCUGUCUAUCAUCAAUCACUAACACCUGCAUGUGUGUGACACUGCUGCUGCUUCUGUUGCAUGCAUUACAUCGCUAUGCUGCUUUUAUCCGCUCUGCUUGCCUCUUUCACGCUACCCAUAAGAAUCAAUCCAUUAUCGCUGGGUUGUAUAUAACGCCAGUUCCAAGCGACGCCGGCGGAUGUUUGUGCUAAACAAACAACAUCCCCAAAAUGCAGCCUGCAAAAUAGAACUGGCAGCUUCAAUUUCCUGUCAGCUGAAGCAGUUUUGAACGUCCUGUUUUUACUCCAGAGUGUCGGCUCUCAUUUUCAUGACAGGAAUUUAUCCCACGGCUGUGUCGUAAAUCGGUAUGCGAUUAAUCGGUAUGCGAUUGUUUCAAAAGUGGGAUGCAUAAGUGGGCGCCUGCUUUGCAUUUAAUGUCUGUGAUUUGCGCUUAGCGCUUUAACUAAAGCACCAUUUUAAGAUUACCACCAAGAGCUUGCUGUAUCAUGUAUGCUAACUGCAUCAAAGAGAUCACCGCUGCCUUUUUACACGCAGCUGCUAAUGCGAUUAACACGCUCUAUUAACGCCCAGCGUUCGUGCAUCUAACCCGAAGUGGUGCUAUUUUAACGUAUCUCUCAUAUCUGGAGUUGUUUAGUCUUCAUCCCUGGAACGUUUAUGUUCGUGGCAUGGUUCAUGACAGACGCAUAGCGUCGUUCUGACAUUGGUUGUAAUGUAAUAAUUUUGCUUUUAUAAUGUAUGAUUUUACUCACCCUCAAUGGUUCCAAGAAUCAAAUGUACUGUAUCUUAUAAGUAUUUAUAGUGCUUUGACUUUUUGUCCGAUGUCUUUUGCCCGCCUACAACACACAUUUAUUAUUUGCCCGUUUUACAUGAUGUGUGAUUAUGCUCAUAAUUGCUGCCUCUAUGCGUCUUUUUGCUUUUUCGCAAGAUUGUGCAGCUUUUUCUCGGUUACUUUUGCUGGCAAUCAACUUUUGAUCCAGUGUUGUCGCCCCACGUAUGACCGUUGUCUUGUCUGGAACAAUGGCAAUAUAUUUAUAUCAGGCAUUGAACCUGUGGCUGUUAUGUCUACCUUGUCGCUUGUGGCCUGAGCGAGACGACUGGUGACGUCAGCAUCGGCUUAUGACGUCGCACCAGGCAAUGUGACGUCAUGCGCCGCUAUUCAGCCUGUCUGUCCGCCUGCACGCAUUGCUUCGGGUGAACGACACAUCUGUUCGUCGGUCCACCUCUCUGUGAGUUUUAUUAGCUCCAGUCCUAAGUAUUUUUUCUCGGAUGGUUCUUAUUUUAAGGGUUUUCACUUCACUCAUUUAUGAGGGCUUAGUUUUGGUUAAAUUAUCCAACUUCAACAAUAUUUUCCUCUCAGGGUAUGCACGCGGUUUGGGAUUCGGUUGUUGGUCUGUUAUUUUAUAGUCUCUGCACGCACGACAAUUCACUGAUAUUUAUACAUAACUACUUCUUCUAAAAUCUGGUAACAGACGAAGUCAUUAAAAUGUUAUUCUCUCAUCAAAUAUAUAAAUCCGAUAAUCAUAGUUGAUGUGGAGUGCGACGUUCGACAGAUAUACCUCUUUCGCACUGUUCACGCAGCGUUUGUUUGAUUUCAGGAGCCGGUUGAGACGAACGAUUAUCUAGCCAGCGGGGUCAGCGAUUACAUUGGGGCUGCGAUCAACAGUCCACGUCUACUCCGAAGUGCACGGAUGAAUGUUCAUUUUUCCGCUGCGUGUUGGUUUGGAUGCCAGCGUCGGAGUAUUCGAACGUUUAUGUGUGCAUAUUAUUUAUAACGAACAUGCGAGUCGCUGGGUCGAAGACCUGAAGUGAAUCUAUGUGAAUGUUGUAUGUCGGUGUUGAGUGUAGAUUGUGCGAUCAUGUGCUUGUUGUGGUGCGUCUCGUGAAUCACACUGCCUAGUGUCGGGCCCGCUACUUUUUGGCCAGUUGUUUAAUUGCCAUCACGAUAGCCUACGUUUAAAAAUGAUGCUUAGAGAGGAUACAUUUUCGUGUAAAUUGUGAUUGCCUAAUGCCUUGUUAGUCACGAAAUGCGGUCUCAAAUCAGUUUAUAUUCUUAGUGCUUAGGGGCUUAGUAAGCUUUCUCUUUUCAUUCAAGGAAAAAAUGUGCAUCGGAACUAGCCUAUCAAACUAUUUUCCUUCAUAACCAACAUUCCCAACUUGUAUGGUAUAGUUCAUAACUGAAUUUAUCAAUGAGAAUAUGUAUUUAUUUUGUCAUAACUGUAUUUAUAAUUUUGUGUUGCCUUCUGUUUAUUUGCGUGCAUUGAUUCUUCGCUACGGUUCCAACCAGGGGCGCGUGAUCUACUUUCAGACUCGGAGGUUGGGGGGGGGGGGGGGGGCACACCAUAAUAGAGAUCAACCUCAGGUACCCCCAAAGAUAGGUUUCUCACGGGUUUUAGGCCACUUAUUUUUCAUCCUUUGGCUUUUUUUUAACACAAAAAGAAAACAUUUAUAUAAAAAGUGCGGUAUUCCGUCUCAAAAUUGCGGGGGUACCGUCCCCGUGGCCCCAGAGUUGGGGUGGGGGUGGGGAGAAGCUCUACCCCCACUGCCCCCCCCCCCCGGUUCCCGCGCCUAUGCUUCCAACUGCGGUGUUAUAAAUCCCAAGCAAAUUGUUUAACAAUAGUUAAUCUGUUGUGCCCUAAUGGUCCGAAGGUGCAUUCGCUUUUCCCACUGUCUUUGUCUUCCAACGCAAUGCUGACUGCUUGAAAUCGUUUGAAUGUUUAACCCGAAGAAUGGGAUUGCUCGUUGUCUGAAGACUGUUUUAAGUGAGUGGUUGUCUAUCAUGUUAAAUGUAUUUUAGCCAUGACUUGUAGGCGGUGCGGUGCCUAGUUGCAGUUUCCCUUGUAGUGCAUGAAAGGCGACUAUGCAUGUAGGAUCUUAUCGCUCGAUGAGAAAUGGGAUCUUACAUACUUUCAUUACUUGAAGACAUAUUUUAUGCGUUGGUGACAAAUUUGCUAUGCGAAGCAUGUGCCACUGUUGAAAGGUUCUAUGCGUAAUUGUAUCAAUUAUUUUUGCAUAAUGCUGAUGAAUUUUAUUGGUG